CCGCGGCCGAUCCAUUAUGUCAGGCGCAGCGCGAGCGGCGGCACUCGGCCGCCACUGACGUGUCUACGGUGGACUGCGCUUCAGCCGCGUCACCGCCUCGACUCAGUUGCGAGGCUGCCGCGUCGCCGCAGCGCUUCCACCGCAUCGCGCAUAGCACGUAGCGCGCCGCGCCGGUCCUCCCGCCGCCAUGAACGAGACUGACCGAGGCUGGCAGCCGCUGCGAAAUUGCACGCCGCCGGCCAUCGACGACUUCCCGGCGGGCCUCUUCAGCGAAGCGCAGCGGCAGCACGGCGCCAUCGUGCUGCACGCGCUGCUGUCCGUCUACUUGUUCGUGGCACUCGCUGUCGUCUGCGACAAGUUCUUCGUGCCGGCCGUCGACAGGAUCUGCCACGCGCUCAACAUGACGAACGACGUGGCGGGUGCGACAUUCAUGGCGGCGGCCACCUCGGCGCCGGAGCUGUUCGUCAACGUGAUCGGUACUUUCAUCACGGAGGGCGACAUCGGUGUCGGCACCAUCGUCGGCUCCGCCGUCUUCAACAUCCUCGCGGUGGCCGCGUGCUGCGGGAUCGGCGCUGGAAUGGUGGUGCCCCUGGACUGGUGGCCACUGACGCGCGACUGCCUGGCCUACGGCAUCACCGUCUCCAUUCUCAUCUGCAUAAUGCACGACGAGUACGUGCAGUGGUACGAAGCCCUCCUGCUUGUGUCGCUCUACGGACUUUAUCUUUGUAUCAUGUAUUACGACAAGUCAAUUCAAACCUUUGCUAAAGGCAGCUGGAAAUGUGUCUCGGAAAUGUUAAAGAAAAAUGAAGGGAAACAAGAAAGCCCGUAUGGUGUCGCCUGCGCGGUACCUGCCUGCGGCGACCUAAAUGAAUCUAAAAUAGCCUCGACUCAUCAAAGGAGUGACGCGUCGGCGGGUCACUGUCUGCACAACGGAAACAUUCGCAGCCCACCUUUGUUCCGCGACCAAAGGAAGUUGGAGACCAUCGAGGACGAGGACAAGAUGAUGAGCCGUGCGGAGGAACUGGCAGUCCCCGAGGCGGACGAUGUCGGCCAGGUGGAAGCCGCUACCAAAGUCGACAUCGACCUUGCGAAUACCUGCGAAGUGGACGGGUACGAGCAUUCCCUGUGGAAGUGGCCCUCGGGGCGCAGUAAGCUCACUAAGAUCGCUUGGAUCGUAACUUGGCCGAUCCACCUGGUGUUCCUGUUCACGAUACCGGACUGCGAGAAGCCUCGCUUCGAGACCUGGUUCCCGUUAACGUUCGUGAUGUGCAUCGUGUGGAUAGGAUCCUUAUCGUAUAUAGUCGCCUGGAUGAUCACUAUCAUUGGUGACACGUUAAUGAUACCGGACUCGGUGAUGGGCAUAACAUUCCUGGCCGCCGGCACCUCCGUGCCCGAAGCCGUUUCCAGCGUCAUCGUCGCCAAGCAAGGGCACGGUUCGAUGGGCAUCAGCAACUCCAUCGGGUCCAACACGUUCGAUAUUCUGCUCUGCCUCGGGCUACCGUGGCUCAUCAAGGCGGCGCUGACGCCAGCCGAACCAGGACACUACUGGGUGAAGAUAAACUCGAUGGGGCUGGAAUACUCGGCGAUAUCGUUGCUAUCGACGCUGCUUAUGCUCUACCUCACCUUCUGGCUGAACAAGUUCCGGCUGGACGCAGCUGUGGGGCGCGCCUGCCUCGCCAUGUACGCUCUUUUCCUGCUGCUCGCCACCCUCAUCGAGCUCAACGUCUUCUUCCCCGUCAACGUGCGCACCUGCAGAAGAGCCGAGCUCGCCUCUUAACCGAUUUUCACCCUUCCCUUUCCUGCCCCUUCCCUACCAAUAUCGUACGUAUCCGUGCAGUUGUUUACCCUUUCCUGUCCGUAAAUUUCGUACUUUGACGGUCUGUUACAUUUAUAAGUAAUAAGUCUCAUUUGGCGUUCGAAUGAAGUAGCGCGCGCCACAUUCGAGACAGAUCCUUAUGGAAAGAUGCUGCCGCUAUGUAUGUUUGUAAGUUUUCAUUUAUCUUCUGUAUUUUAAGCACAAAUAAUGUUUGAGAUAGGAUGUUGGCAUUCUGCAAAUAGGGCAUUAAUAUAUACAAGAAGGCGGGGGCGGACGUGUAUAGAUACGUGCCAGUACUGUUCCAAAGGCCGAGGGAUCCGAUUGGCGCUGCAACAAUUGACUCAAUUGCGUCGCAAUCGCAUCGACGGCUCCCUCUGCCUUCAUAAGCAGAUAAUUACUUUGUAAAUUCAUCGAACGGCAUUCCACCGGUCCGUCCGUCCGUCCUUCCGUCCGUCCGUCCGUCCGUUUUUACGGUUGUCGGCUUCGGUUGUGCUCAUUAUCAACGAUCAGUACCUGCGAUGAGAACGCUCCGCUAUCAAUAUAGAAUACCGAACGGAAACUUGUUUUGUAAAUAAAUACAUAAUAUUUGGU